AUGUAUACAGGGGAGGAGUGCUUGACGAUGGCUGUGAAGACACGUUGCCAGAACCAGCUGAAGCGGAGGAGGAGUCGCAGCGACCGUAUGGCGAGCCGGGCGAGGGCCCGCAGGAGCACAACGGGCAGAACCGGCCGAGCGGAGCACAGCAGCGGCCUCUGUGAAAUUCACUUUCUCCCUCUGGUUGUGGGAGUGAAAGAUAGCAACCGAACCCAACGCCUGCACUGUGUAGAUCACCCAGACUUUGCCAGAUGCCCGCAGCCUUUGCCACUGACCAGUCCCAGCACACCCAUCUCCAGCUGUGAGCUCAAUAAAAACACCCGCCGGUGCCAUCAGCAACGCCUGGCCACACACCUGUCCUGCCGCCUCUACCAGACCUGUGAUCAUGCUGUUCUCCUGUCAGGUGGCUGGCAGAAGCAGAUAACAUACCAACAACAUGCAAAGAACUUGCAGCUCUUCUACCAGAUGCUGAGGAACAACGGCUUCCACAAGGACCACAUAAAGACAUUCUUUGCUGGGAAUGGACAGGUAGCAGCUAAAGAGACUGAGGGGAUGUAUCCAGCCACCGAGAAAGAGGUGAUCAGGAAUCACAUUUCGUACAUCUGCCGGAAGCAGCACUGUGUGGAUUCUCUGGUUCUGUACCUGAACAGCCCCACAUGCAACGACGGCACCAUGCUGCUCUGGGACCGCAAUAACAACGGCAUUGCAGAUCUGAAGGAGCGUUACUCUGUGGGUGAACUGUUGGCGGAUCUGGCCGGAUGCAGGGCCAGUCGGGUGCUGCUCUUUGUGGAGCAGAGCUACAGUGGAGUCCUCAGCAAGAGACUGAUGGGAUCUCUCAAACACGUCAAUGUCGUGCUGCUGAACGGCUUGCCCUGGGUGCACACAGCUGAGUUCUGGGCCUCUCUGAACCCAUCAGAGUGCCUCAUAGACCACCUCAGUAAGAGUUCUGCGAUGCCCCGACUGGCUGAUGCUGCUCUGGGACUGAUGAACGUGACUCUGGCCGGUGCUCCGUGCAACUCCACCCCUCCUCUCACCGAAGCCGAAAUGAGGAAGGAGUACAUGGGUUGCCAGAACCUCCCCACAGCUCUGUGGUACCAAAAACGGCCCAAGACCGACAACAGCAGGAAUUGAGCAAACUGACCGCUUCCAGGACUUUCAGAAGGACAAGAGCCAACUCUACUGUUCCCAAUCCGUAAUUCGGACACUCCAGUGGAGUACUUCCAUGAAAAACAAGUACCAACGAGUAGUCCUAGAAGUAUGACUUUGUAUAAUGCACAAACUUGAAAUCCAUGACCAGCGCUUUCCUCUCACAAACACAGAGACACACACACUCUACCUGUGUGUGCGCACUUAAUUCACCCAGUGAUGCACAUAGACCCUGACAAGCUGUUGAGGAACGGAGACUACAUAAUGUGUGCUUAAGAGAUCGAAAGAAGAGGCGGUAAUGCAGGACAGAGAGAGAGAAAGCGUCUGACAUGUCCUCACUUUGAACCUCAUUUCCCCUGCUUGCCGCUCCGUAGAAGGCGUCCCAUGGGGAGCGUCCCAUGCGAACUUCUCCUCUCUCCGCCUGCCAUGGGGGUUCAGCGCAGGGGCAUCCGCGCUCCUUUACCAGAGUGCUCUUCCGUGGGUCAUCGCACAGGGCGCGCCUGGAACUGAACAAUGGUGACAAGGCCACUCUGAAACACACCUCACAGUCACUUGAACAGUUCAGGACAAAUCUCCUUGUCCUUUCUUCAGCUCAGUAAGGGACAGGGCGGUCCAGCAUGAUUUAGUAAUGAGAAAUGUUCCCUCACCAUGUCUGGACUCUAGCAGACACUGGGCUCUGCAAGCAUGUAUUUAAUUCAGACCUCUUAUUCCACACUGUAUUAACCACUCUGUCCACAGUGUUCGCUUAUCUCCGCAAACAUUUAAUCGCCAGCCGCCG